GGGGGGUGGUGGAGUAUCGCGCGGAGGCCACCGGCUCCGGAGCUUCUGUCAGGGGAGCUAGGUGUGCGGAGGCGUAAGAGGAGGCGGGAAGGCGGCAGUGGUUGAAGGCGUAGUUGCUGACUUCCAGCGAUGGUGAUGGCGGCGAAGAAGGGCCCAGGCCCGGGUGGCGGGGUCAGCGGGGGGAAGGCAGAGGCGGAGGCGGCCUCGGAGGUGUGGUGCCGCCGGGUGCGGGAGCUAGGCGGCUGCAGCCAGGCCGGGAAUCGCCACUGCUUCGAGUGCGCCCAGCGUGGGGUCACCUACGUGGACAUCACCGUGGGCAGCUUCGUCUGCACCACCUGCUCCGGCCUCCUGAGAGGCCUGAACCCUCCUCAUCGUGUCAAGUCCAUCUCCAUGACAACUUUCACUGAACCUGAAGUAGUAUUCCUGCAGUCUCGUGGCAAUGAGGUUUGCAGGAAGAUAUGGCUAGGUCUAUUUGAUGCUCGGACAUCUUUAGUACCAGAUUCCAGGGAUCCUCAGAAGGUGAAGGAAUUUCUUCAGGAAAAAUAUGAGAAGAAGAGAUGGUAUGUCCCCCCAGACCAAAUCAAGGGGCCCACUUAUUCCAAAGGCAGUACCUCCACCCCUGUUCAGGCCUCCAUAUCAGAAGGGAAGCUCCUGCGGACACUUCCAGGUGAUCCUGUGUCAUCUCUCUCAGCUGCUGCAUCCACUUCGAGCCAGUCUGUCAGUCAGUCUCAAGCUCGGACGUCCCAGGCCCGGAGCUCUCAGCCACCUCCCCACUCUUCUGUCAAGAAAGCAAGUACUGACCUGCUGGCCGACAUUGGUGGAGACCCCUUUGCUGCUCCCCAGGCAGCACCAGCUUUUGCUGCAUUCCCAGCCUUUGGAGGCCAGACACCUUCCCAUGGGGGCUUUGCCAACUUUGAUGCCUUUGGCAGUAGCCCCAGCUCUUCUGCAUUUGGAAGCAUCCCUCCAACUGGCCAAGCCCCAUUCCAGGCCCAGCUAACACCUGCAGCCAGUCGGAUGCUAACUGGAAGUUACAGCUCUGGGAGCAGCCAGGUGACUCCAUUUGGUGCCGCUCCUCUUGUACCUGCCAGUCAGCCAAACAGCCGUGCAGAUAUGGGCAACUUCCUGGGACCUGGGGUGCCAGCUGGAGGUAUCCCUAGCAGCAUCUUCGGGAUGGCCAGCCAGGUCCCCACGCUCCAGUCUGCCACGACUGGCAGCAGCAGCAGCACAGGGCUUGCCUUUGGAGCCUUCACCAACCCUUUUGCAGCUCCUGCCGCCCAGCCCCAGCUGCCUUCCACCAACCCAUUCCAGCCCAAUGGCUUGGCCCCAGGGCCCGGCUUUGGGAUGAGCAGUGCUGGGCCUGGCUUCCCUCAGAUGGGGCCACCCACCGGGGCCUUUGCCAGCAGCUUCCCACCAGCACUGUUCCCCCCACAGAGCUCUCUGACUCCACAGCAGAAUGGCUCUUCCUUCUCAGGCUCCUUCGGGGACUUAGGAUCGGCCAAGCUGGGGCAGAGGCCACUGAGCCAGCCAGCCGGGAUCUCCACCAACCCCUUCAUGACUGGAUCCUCAUCAAGCCCAUUUGCCUCCAAACCUCCAACCACCAACCCAUUCUUGUAGCACUGUGUCACCAGGGGCCUCUUCCCUGCAUUCUGGGGCCCCUCUGCUCCCUGGAGCUCUGGUGACCACUUGCCUGUGGGCAUUUCUGUGGGCCUGGGACCAGCAGGGGCCCUGUGCUGCAGGGUAGGGGGCUUGGGGAUGGUGGAAGUGCUGAUGCUUUGCUCGGGGCUUACAGGCGAAGUGGCAGCUCCAGGGUCAGCUGCCCCAAAGACUCCCUCUCUCCUUCCCUCCCUCCCUCUUCCUGCCCCCACGGGGAGGGAGGCCCAGCAGGAAUGAAGGCAGGGCCUGGUGGAGUCGUCAUGGUAUUUUUUCAGACUAUUAAUUAUGAUGACAGCCUGGUCCCCUCACCCCCAGCCCCAUCCGUGGGUAGAGAAAGCUGUGGGCACAGACUGACCAGCCUUCCCCCAUGGGAACAAUUCUUCCCCCAUGCUCAGCUCCCCAGUGCUGUGUUCCACGUGGACAGAGCGCAGUGGGGAAAGUAGGGUAAAGAUGAGGCAUGGUGUUGACAGAGACAGUGACAAGACAGCUCUGGGAUCGAGAAAACCUGGACAGCCCGAGUGCUGUUGGUGGCCUAGCUUGGCCAGCGCACGCUUUUCUCCACCACCCACCAUUGUUUUGCUUCCCCAGCGCCUGUCCCUGUCCUGGGCACUCAGGAUGAAUAGUUUUACCUGCGUACUCACAGGCCCAGCUCCUGUUAAGCACUUUAGUUAGCUGUUGGUGUCAUGUUUGGAUACCAGUGUUUUAUAUUUAUACAUAGAGAGAAUUUUCUAAUAUAGCCCAUUAUAUAUAUAUAUACAUGCACAUACGUACAUAUAUACAUAUAUAUACACACACACAUCCAGCCUGUCUCCUUCUCCCAGACGUCUCCCAUCUGUGCCUCAACCAUCAAAGCCAGAGCUCCAGGGGUGGGGAGAGGGCAGCCAUGUGUCCUGACCACCCCAGAACCUAGGCUUUCCCAGGGAAAGGCUUUGUGCAAUUGGCUGGUUUUUUUUUUUCUUUUCCCAUGUGCCUUCCCCGCCCCCAAAUCUCUGCACCAAAGCUCAUUGCAGGCAAUGCUGGAAAAGAACUGCAUUUGAA